GAGGGGUGGAGAGGAGAGAAUGUAGCGUUGAGGACGGAUUUUAAUAAGAAACAAUUUAAGAAUCCCGCUUUUAGCCGUGCAAAAAGCCAAGCGCCCUAUUGUUUAAAUAUCUCCGCUAAUCGCGUCGAUCAAGUGAAUGUAAUCUCGGUGUCCUGCCGGUACAGAUUGUGUUGUUUUCGUGCCGGUAGAGCUCUUCAAUUCGGAAACCCCCCAAAAAAAGUUUCCACUUUUUCUUUCCCCCCAGAAAAGUGACAAUUAUUCGUGGCCGUGGUAGGCGGAUGCAGCUGCAAAGCGGGCGCAUAAAGAGUGACGGAUUUAAGUGCAAUCGGCGCAGGUCCUCUAUUUGUUUAUGUUGAUAAACAUAUUAGGUGGGCCAACUAAGUGCAGCUAAAAGUGAAAUUGCCACGGUUUUUAAGUGGUUGCUUGGUGUACGUGCAGAAAACCUAAAACAGACAUCCCCAGAAGAAGAAGAGUUAGCAGGAGGUGGAGGAGCACCGACGUCUCAGUUGUUUUUGUUUGGCUGCGAGAGAGAAACGGAGGGAGAGAACAAAGCAGAACACGCGGCUCUUCAAAAAAAAAGGGCGGGAAGGCCCUUCGGUUCGAAUAAACCCAAUAAUCCGUAACUCUGCCCGCCGGAAAUGUCGAGGGGGGGCGAGCACAAGCGCGUCACCCUCACCUCGAUCUUUCAGGGCGAUGUGGGCUUCUCGCGUUUUGGUAGCAACAUCCUGGAGCCAGAUACUCCUCUUUCCGCCGGAUCUACUAGCUCCAAACCCACCAACAAGACCGCCAAGUGCAUCCGCAUCAAGCUCGAUCUGUUUGAGACCGAUUCAAACAAGUAUCCCGAGUUUAACUACUCCCGUCUUUUGUACUUGGAGAAGAAAAAGGCCAAAAAGUUGAAGCAGGUGACCACUUGCAACGGUUCCACUGGCACAGAUCCAUUUGCCGACAACGAUGACGAUGUGGCACGGAUCGCAAAGGAGCUGGAGGCCAAGUAUGGCAACUCCUAUGCCACCGGCAGGGGCAAAAGUAAAAAGAAUGACUAUCGGGAUAUUGGAAUGGGCUACGAUGAGUCGGACUCCUUCAUCGACAACACGGAAGCAUAUGAUGAAAUUAUCCCGGAAGAGGCGGAGACCCUUGAGGGCGGCUUCUACAUCAACUGCGGAGCCCUAGAGUUCAAGAACCUGACCAAGAAGUCCUACACCACGCGAACUGAUGCCAUCAUCAAAAUGCCUGAGCGAUCACGCAAGCGCAUGGUCUCGUCCAGCUCGGAAAGCUCAUCUUCGUCAUCCGACGAUGACGAUGAAAACGAUGAUGACAACGAAGGAGAGGAGGACAGUGAUUCGGAGGACGAUGAAGAGGAGGACGAAAGCGAUUCAGAGGACAACUCCGAGAGCGAAAGCCUUGAUGAUGAGGACUCUGCUGCCACUGCAAAAUCCAGCAGCAAGUUUAAGGACAAUCAUCUAGCUAAGCGGCCGAAGGUCAUCGUUACAAGCAGAACCAAGCAAAGCUCCAGUUCUACCACAGGCAGCAAGAAGCCACCGGUUAAGCCGAUCACCACCUCCUCAUCGUCUAGUUCGCCACGACCUAAUAUUGUAGAGAUUUCGGAUACGGAAGAACAGCUGGGACAGGUUCAGUCCCAGAUUCAAUCACAAACCCAGUUUCAGGCCUUGCCUCAGCCCCAGACUGAGGCUCAGGCCCAGGCUCAAGCUCUGAAGAAGGUGGUCAAAACGACAACUGUCAAGGACAUGCUCAAAGCCAAGCGGGACAACUUUCUUAAGUCGCAGAGCGGCACGGCAGCUGUCAAGGGCAUUGUCAACGGCGAGCUAAAGUGCAUCUCCUCGGACAUGUCCAGCCCCGACAACAGCGAUAUGGAAUCGGGCACGGAUCAAGGCAGGGCUGAGAAACAGGCCGGCCAACAAGGCAAAGAAGGACAGGAAAAUCUUCGCACCGCCGACACUCUGCUACCCACCACGCUGGAUUCGGAUAUUAUGGCUGCAGUCAACAACUUCAAAGAAGAUGUUAGAAGUCGAGACAUGUGCGGAAAGAAGUUUAACCUAGAUGCCAAGCUCACUCCCCUGCUGCUUCGGGUUUACGAGGCGGUGCUAUGCAUUGAUCGAAACGAGCGCAACAUGGUUUUUUCCCACAUCGAAUACCAGUUGCAGCUUCCUAAGUACUACAUGCUGCGCAAGGGAAAGCAAGUGCGCGCAAAGGAAGAAAAAAAGAAGUCCACUAUUGUGCUGGAGAAACUGCGGCGGGCUGUAGCGGUUGUUAUGCCCAAAGCGAUAGCCAAUUAUGAAACGGAACUACGCACUUUUGCGGAACAGGCAGCGGCGGAUGUGAAUUCGGAAUUGCCCCCAAAGAUGCCACGCAAGAAAUUCCAAUGGACCAGUGAUUUGCGCCAGCUGCUUUACGACGUUUACCAGGCGCGCUGGCCAUCCUUCCCCUUUUUGGCCAAGCGUAAAGACACAAUGGAGGAGUUCAUUAACUGUUAUCUCAAGGAGAAGGUGGUGGAUCUGUGGCCUUCCGGCUGGAUGCGCUUGGAUGAACUGCAGCGGGAAAUAUCCCGAUACAAGAACGCCAGGCAGAAGGCCAAGGAAAAGUCAAAAGCGCCAGCAGUGUCCGCAUCUCCGAAACCCGUUGUAGCUGUUCCUGCCUCUGAACAAAUUCCGCAGGCAAGCAGCUAUCUAAAGACAGUGGAGGAGCCCCGAUCUCGUGGAAACUCCGACACGGACUCAGCUACAAGUGCCUCCUCCAACAGCCUAAAGCGCAAGCUGAUGGAGAUGCCCAAGCAGUCCAACAAGCCUCCAAAGAAAAAGGUGGCCAAGCAGUUACCACAACAGCCGCAACUUCUACCGCACCCGCAAUUCCAGCUGGCGCCGGCUGCUACGGCGGCAGUCAGUGUUCCAGCCACUAGCAUUAACAACAACCACCUGCCCCAUCUGGAUACGCUGCUCUCCAUGCCAAGCACUUCGGCCCAGGCAGCCGCCCUAAAUGCUGCUGCCGUGGCAGCCGCUAGUACGGUUCUGGAUCUGGCAUCGCCCAACCGAAAAAUGGACCUUAACAGCAGAAGUAACUUCUACAAUCUGAUUACAGCGGCCACCCUGGCUGCGAGCGGGAAUCCCAGCCCGCAUCCCAUCGACGGCCAGGCCAAAGUGAUCGUGGGAGCGCGCCCCUCGCCACAUGUGAUCAAUUUGGAUGACUACCAAUGUCCCAGCGAAAUAUUACAGACGUCCAAGCAGCUGGCUGCCACCACUACCGUCAUCACAUCCACCUCCAAGGCUGCCCAGACUACGCCGGUCGGCAGGGAGAGCAGCAGCGAAUCGGAUGGCGUGGAGAUCGUGGGAGUGUUUCCUGCCUCGAAGCCCCAACGGAAAGUCCAGCCAAAAGCCAAGAAUAAGACUCAGAACAAAGGAAGAUCCUCCUUAGGAGCCGUGGGCCAGGCAAAUGGAUCUCUUGGCUUCAAUGCGAAUAACAUGUAUAUCUACAACAGCUCCAGAUCUAUUGCACCCGUAUAUGAUCUCACCUCCAAAGCGCAUAUAAUGAAGAAUCUGAAGGAGUUCGAGAAGCAGAUGCAUUCUGCCUUCUCACCAACCUCCGUCAAGGGAUCAAGCGGAGGAAUGGGAUCCUCUGCACCAAAUACGCCCUCGCGCCAAUGACAAUCGGGUCCGGUCGCACAGCAGCCAUUGCCGGCUGCAGUGACGGCCUUUUACAACCCAGAGGCGAUGGCCGCCGCCAUAGUUCUCUCGACGAUGAGCCACGCCUCGCCGCGCUACGACCUGCUGGCAAACGGAUCCGUGUCCGUGUCAGCCGCCCAGGUGGGAGCUCCUGCCAACACACUGCCACAAGUAUUUGUUAAGCCCAGCCUGCCGCAACCCAGCGCUGCCGACGAGGUGAUGACCACCACAGGAGCUGCUCACCCGCCCACGCAACAACUGCCCACAAAGUUCAUUUAGCUAGGGUCACUCAGCUCGCUCCCUUGCGAUUCUUAACUUAGAUUCUAGGGCUGGUUCUAGGUAGGUUUCAUUCGCAGCUGUGUCUGCCUUCCAAUCAUUUGCACCAGUUUAAUUUUUGUUUUUUCAUUGAGUCGUUUACCUACUAAGUCAGUGUACUUUGCAAACAUUAAUAAAGCAAAUUUAUAUAUA